AUGAACGUCCCUGCACGAUUUCCUCCGCAAAUAUUAACAACAUUACCACCACCUCACUCCGCGGGGUUCUAUUUGCUUAUUCCGGAGUACUAUCUGCCGAAUUGUGACUUUAUGAAACCAUUCCUUCGGCUGCUUUCCGCCUCAAGACAAUUUUCGACACUGUACCGGACCACCUGCGUCUCGAAAUCCCAUUCUCUCGCGAUACCUAUUAGACCUACUUAUACAUCCCCCUUCGCAUUUCCAAUCGCCCGCUCACAGCACUCCAUGGCCAGCAUCGAAGCAUCCAAGCGGGCCGCCGCCAAAGCCGCCGUCCAAAACCACUACCCUCUCAACGCAAAAUGGGUCGGCAUCGGUAGCGGCACAACAAUCGUCUACGUCGUGGAGGCGAUCAAAGAAUUGGGGAUCGACACAACUCUGACCAGAUUUGUGCCUACGGGUUAUCAAUCGAAACACCUCAUCACAAAAGCCGGAUUGACAGCCGUGGAGUUUGACGGUAUUCCAGAGGGGACUGUACUUGAUGUCGCGUUCGAUGGUGCGGACGAGGUGGAUGACGAUUUGAAUUGUAUCAAGGGUGGGGGUGCUUGUCUCUUCCAGGAGAAGAUUGUUGCUUUGCAGGCAAAGGAAUUCAUCUGCGUCGCUGACUCUAGAAAGCUCCAAACCCGUCUCUUGACCAAUUGGAAAUACAUCCCCAUCGAAGUCGCGCCUAUAGCCGCAAACCGGGUAAUCCGCAAACUGACCGAAAUGGGCAGCAUCCAACCAGCUAUUCGUCUCAAUGCCGUCGCCAAAGAAGGUCCCCUCAAGACAGACCAGGGCUUCUACAUUGUCGACGCCCCCUUCCUCCCUCUUUUGACUCCAUCGGACGUCAAAGCCGGCAAGGGUGGCAGUGGUACUGGCGGUAUCUGGGAAGUUGAGACUCUUGCGACAAAGAUCAAGGCUAUUCCCGGUGUUUUGGAAGUCGGUAUUUUCUGUGGAGUUACCGGUCCUCAGGCCCAGGCUUUGGGGUCUAUUGGUGGGCAGAAGCCUGUUGCUGCAUACUUCGGUAUGCCAGAUGGCUCGGUGACUGUUCGGAAGGCUGCCGAGUAG